AUGUACUCAAAGGGGGCCGUAGAAGUGCUGUCGGAGGGCGAUCCAGAAUGUCCUCCGCUAAUUGGUCGUCCCACCCGACCCCAUGCUCACCAUCUCGCCUGUCGGCCACUUGGUAAGCGGCAAGCAGAAAUGGUUCGCACGGCUCACAUCUGUGCUGAGACUCGGAUAGCUUUCGUCGGGAGUCUCACCGACACCGAUGAGAAGGCGGUCGCUUACGCUCAUCGACGUGCCAUAACUGCGGCUGUGGGCGACCUUUUCGGUAAUAUUUCCGGCGCCCCGUUGCUUGCUUUUGACCUCCUCAAGUGCACCGAAGUAAAGACAGGGCGAACAGAGGGAGCGGAGAAGUUGGGUGAGAUUGAGGAGCGACGGUUCAGUCUCCUAAUCGCGCUGCAGAGGGCCCACGUGAAUGAGAUGGUUACGGCGCUCUCGAUGAUCACUGCGGGAUUCUGUGGUGGCGAAAUACUUCGUCUCUUUAUGGCGCCCACCGCCCCGCCCGAAGUGCGUGCAUCAGCUCGGGUGCUUGUGGAUGUGCUUGGAGUGGCGGAGGCGCCCACUUCACUGGUGUCGGCAACCGAGGUGCUCCGAAUGAGGGAGUAUAAACUUGUAGUUCUCGGUAGUGGAGGUGUGGGGAAGAGCGCUUUGACCGUACAGUUCGUCCAGGGAAUAUUCGUGGAAAAGUAUGAUCCGACAAUUGAGGACAGCUACAGGAAAAAGGUAGAAGUCGACAACGAACAAUGCAUUCUCGAAAUACUAGAUACUGCUGGCACUGAACAAUUUACAGCGAUGCGAGAUCUGUACAUGAAGAAUGGUCAAGGCUUUAUUUUAACAUACUCAAUUACCUCUCUUCCCAGUCUAUUUGAUCUUGUUGAUCUUCGUGAACAUAUAGUUCGUGUUAAGGAUACUGAAAAUGUCCCAAUUGUCCUUGUUGGGAAUAAAUGUGAUCUAGAGGAUGAAAGAGCAGUUGGUAAGGAGGAAGGCCAGAAGCUCGCACGGCAAUGGAAUUGUUCAUUUAUGGAAACGAGCGCGAAAUCAAAGAUUAACGUUUCUGAGGUUUUCUAUGAUUUGGUGCGCCAAAUAAACAAGCAGCUUCCUCCAGUGAAAGGGAAAUCAAAAGAUCGGCGGUCGAAGAGCACUUGUUGUCUUGUUUGA